CGGAAGUGACUGGAACGAGCUGCUGGGUCAGGAUCACAGGCGGCGGAGACAUGAGCGCUUCAAACUUUAUGUCCGUUCUGCUGGACAUUUCAAAUAAGCUCAAAGAGGAAAACCUAAAACAACUCAAAUUUCUAGUUCGAGACGACAUUGGGAAACAAAAGUUGGAAAAGAUCACAACGGGACACCAACUGUUUGAGAUUCUGACGGAAAGAGGCCAACUCGGACCCGACAGAGCAGACUAUCUCUGCCAGCUUCUGAGGCAGGUCCAGCGAGAUGAUCUGUCCGAGAAGCUGAGCAACUGGCAGGUCCAGCAAGAAAGUCUCAAAUACAACUUGAGCGACACCGAGAGAGACAAACUAGAAAUUGCCAUGGAGGUGAUCAGAGACAACCUGGGGAAGAACUGGCGCAAACUCGGCCGCAAACUACAACUGGGGGAGACCAAGCUGGACUCCAUUGCCACACGGCAUCCCACUGAUCUGGAGGAGACCGCCCUGGAGCUGCUGAAGGAGUGGAAGAAGAUUAGAGGACCUGAACUCCAGACAAAGGAGCUGAUAGCAGCUCUGAGAGACUGUCAGCUCAAUUUAACUGCUGAUAAAAUCCAGGAUAAACUUGAGAUGAAGGGAUUAGCCAUCUCAGAUUAGAACAGCAUCACCUUAGAGGCACAGAGGAAACCUGGUACUUUAUGAAACAGAUUAUGUUUGUAGAAAUGAACAAAAUGAUUUUUGUAAACAUCUGCUUCCUAACAGUUGUCUAACAUUUACUAUAUGCCAGUAAUGCACUUCAUUUACUGGAACACCAGAGGGCGCUGUAGGGUAGCUGGUUUAUGUAAAAACAUUAUUACCGUUUAUACAUUAAUUUCCUGAUUUCCAAUAAGGAUAGGAAAUAUAAAUGCAAACAUUUCUAUUGUUGUAAUUUUUUUCAGCAACAUAAUUCAUCAGUUUAGAUUAGUUCAGAGAAAUGUUCCCUUCAUCAACAACAAACUGGAUGUAAAGAUGGAUGAUUUUUCUUUUCCCAAUGGCCAAGAAGCAUUGAAAUGCUAUUGUUUCAAUAAUUUAAUAAAGAUUUCAGACAUA